UCUCCUGCAGUGACAGCCUGACAGGGGCUGCCCACGCCCCUGCAGGACCACGGCAGCUCGGGGAACAGCUGACCACCACCAUGGUGGGGGCUCUGGUCAGAGGAUGGAGAAAUCGGAGCUCUCCUCGGAGGGCUGAAUCAAAACUUCUCAUCCCACAGAGCCAAGAUGGAAGUCAGAUCCAGGAUGGACACCAGUUGCAUCUUGAAGGGCCAUCAGCUGUAACCAAAAUUCCACAUCCCAAGAAGACAUCCAGGCGUUCCCCAGAACUGAAGACCAUGGAGCUCUCUGACAGCGACCGACCCGUCAGCUUCGGCUCCACAUCGUCCUCAGCCUCCUCCCGAGACAGCCAUGGUUCCUUCGGCAGCAGAAUGACCUUAGUUUCAAAUAGCCACUUGGGUUUGUUUAACCAGGAUAAGGAAGCAGGGGCCAUAAAACUGGAGCUGAUGCCAGCCAGGCAGUUCUCCAGCAGUGACCUGCAGAGGGACAACCCCACUGGGCACCAGAACACAAACGAGGGUAGUGACAGGCAGCCCAGCACCCAGAGGAGGACAGACUCCAGCGGGGCACCCAAGACAGCGGCUGACUCGGCUCCCAGCCCCAAGCUCCUCUACGUGGACAGAGUUGUCCAGGAAAUUCUGGAGACUGAGAGGACUUAUGUGCAAGAUCUGAAAAGCAUCGUGGAGGAUUACCUUGACUGUAUCAGGGACCAAACAAAACUUCCCCUGGGGACUGAAGAAAGAUUAGCCCUUUUUGGAAACAUACAAGAUAUCUAUCACUUUAAUAGUGAACUUCUGCAAGAUUUGGAAAACUGUGAAAAUGAUCCUGUGGCCAUAGCAGAAUGUUUUGUGUCCAAGAGUGAAGAGUUCCACAUUUAUACGCAGUAUUGCACUAACUAUCCGAGAUCAGUCGCCGUGCUGACAGAGUGCAUGAGGAACAAGCUACUGGCCAAAUUCUUCAGGGAACGUCAGGAAACUCUGAAACACUCACUGCCUCUGGGGUCCUAUCUCUUGAAACCAGUUCAGCGGAUUCUCAAGUAUCAUCUCCUUCUGCACGAAAUAGAAAAUCACCUUGAUAAGGACACGGAAGGCUACGACGUGGUGCUGGAUGCCAUAGACACGAUGCAGCGAGUAGCCUGGCACAUCAAUGACAUGAAGCGGAAACACGAGCAUGCGGUCCGGUUACAGGAGAUACAGAGCUUGCUCACUAACUGGAAGGGGCCGGACCUGACCAGCUAUGGGGAACUGGUACUCGAGGGAACCUUCCGUAUCCAGCGGGCCAAGAAUGAGCGGACGCUCUUCCUUUUUGACAAGCUGCUUCUCAUCACAAAGAAGAGAGAUGACACGUUUACAUACAAAGCUCACAUCCUGUGCGGCAACCUCAUGCUCGUGGAGGUGAUUCCCAAGGAGCCGCUCAGCUUCAGCGUCUUCCACUACAAGAACCCCAAGCUGCAGCACACGGUUCAGGCUAAAUCCCAGCAAGACAAGCGGCUGUGGGUGCUGCACCUAAAGAGGCUGAUCCUGGAGAAUCAUGCGGCAAAGAUUCCGGCUAAGGCUAAGCAAGCAAUCCUGGAAAUGGAUGCCACCCACCACCCAGGCUUCUGUUACAGCCCCGAGGGGGAGACCAAAGCACUUUGUGGCUCUAAAGAAGGUUCUACUCCUUAUCGGCUGAGAAGAAAAUCUGAACCUUCCUCAAGAUCACAUAAAGUUUUGAAGACCAGUGAAACAACAGAAGACAUCCAAAAGGUUUCUAGAGAGGAAGGAUCUCCCCAGCUGACUUCAGCACGGCCAUCUCCUACCCAGAGGAACAGUCAGCCGAGCAGCUCUGCCGUGAUCGGUGUGUUUCGAGGGAGUGGAACCGCCAGAAACAUCUGGACAGAUCAUCAGGUCAGGCAAGCCUUGUUUCCUGGCCGCCGACCCCCACAGGAGGACGAGGAUGAUGAAGAUGAUUAUCAGAUGCUCGUGCCGUCCUUCUCCUCCUCAGAUUUGAACUCUGCCAGGCUGCGUGAAGAAAGCACGUCCAGCCGUCCUUGCAGCUGGCAUAUGGGACAGAUGGAGUCCAUGGAGAUGCCCAGCUCUGGUCACAGGAUUGUCAGGCGGGCCAGCAGUGCUGGUGAGAGCAAUACAUACCCUCCUGAAGUCAGAAUUAGGGACAGCGAUGGCUCUCAGUACAGCCCCCAGAGGGAGCUGCAGAACGGCCCCAAGAUGGAAGGACAGGAGGGGAUGACGCCCUUUGGGUCAUCCACAGAGUUAACUGUUGAUGACAUAGAGCAUGUCUAUGAUAACAUAAGUUAUGAGGACUUAAAACUAAUGGUGGCUAAACGAGAAGAAGCUGAAUCCACGCCCCCCAGAUCAGCUAGGGACUCCAUUCGCCCCAAGAGCACUCCAGAGCUAGCCUUCUCAAAGAGGCAAGCUGGCCACCCUAAGAGCUUUCUUCUCGCCCAGAAAGACGGAGCUCUCAUGGGUCGGGAGGCGUCCAGCCAAAGCACACACGAACUCCAGGUGGUUGAGGAAAACAUCUAUGACACUAUAGGGCUCCCAGAGCCACCACCACUGGAUUUCCAGUGCGGCAGCCUAAAGCGUCCAAAGAGGAGCACCUUUCUGGGUCUGGAAACUGACUUUGUGUGCUGUGACAGUCUGAGGCCCUUUGUUUCCCAGGACAGCCUCCAGUUCAGCGAGGAGCCGCCUUCCCGGAGGGGUGCCUCUGAUAAGGAUUAUUUGAGCCUACUGCACACCUCCAGCUGCGACUUGUCUCCUGCUGAUAAGCCUGUAUCUGAUAAACUGUCUGAGGAAGUAGAUGAAAUCUGGAAUGACCUGGAAAAUUACAUCAAGAAAAAUGAAGACAAGGCUCGAGACCGUCUCCUCGCCGCAUUUCCUGUAAGCAAAGAUGAUGUGCAAGGUGGGCUGCACGCUGAGAGCUCCCUGGAGCUGGGCCGGCACACGGCUCACUCCACAUCUGCACUGUCACUGCCCGAAAGCCAGGUUUUCCCCACACCAGGGAAAAGCAGGGUCGUCAGAGCAAGCCGGGUCAACUACCCAUUCGAAGAAGACCUGAUUUCUAGAGAAGGCUCCUUUGUGAGUCUUAACCGGCUCUCUGUGGCCAGUGAGAUGCCUCCUGUGGACAGUCCCUACGACUUGGCCGACAGCAGUCUGUCCCAAACAGACCCAGAAAACCCUGACCUGGCAAUGGAGGCUGCAGAUAAGACAAAAAGCAGGGUUUUCAUGAUGGCUCGGCAGUACAGCCAGAAGAUCAAGAAGGCAAAUCAGCUUUUAAAAGUGAAAAGUCCCGAGUUGGAACAGCCACCGGCCAGCCAGCAUCCUAAGUCCGCGCCCAGAGAUCUGGCAGCUAUCUUAGAAGAGAAGAGGCAAGGAGGGCCCGCCAUUGGUGCCAGGAUUGCUGAAUAUUCCCAACUGUAUGACCAGAUUGUAUUCAGAGAGACUCCCCUUAAAAUUCAGAAGGAUGACUGGGACAGCCCUCGAGAUUCCUCCCUCCUCAGGUCCUCAUCACCUUCCCAGGCCCAACAGCGUAGCAAGGAUUGGUUCCUGCAUUCAACCUAUAGUAAUGGAGAGUUAGCAGAUUUCUGUCCCCAGCCAGAGCAAGACUUGAGGUCAAGAUAUCCCACUUUAGAGAUCAGUACAAAAAGUCCUCCCAGACAGUUGUCUGCAGCUUGCUCUGUGCCUUCCCUGCAAACCUCCGACCCUCUGCCGGGCUCUGUGCAGCGGUACAGUGUCAUAGUCAGUCAACCCAACAAGGAGAACUUGUGUCAGGGCCAUCUUUACAACUCCAUGGGUCGGAAAGGAAUCAGUGCUAAAUAUCAGCCCUAUAACAGGUCCCAGUCGUCUUCCUCAAUCUUGAUAAACAAGUCCAUGGACUCCAUCAACUACCCUAGUGACCUGGAAAAGCAGCAGCUGCUGUCUCUGCAGCGAAAUUCAAGGUGUGAGAGUCACCAGAACUUGCUGCCGGGUCCUGCUGACUCACGUCAACAGGGCGCUGACAAGCUCUCAGAUCUCACGCUCCAAGACUCACAGAAAGUUCUGGUGGUAAAUAGAAGUUUGUCCUUAAAUGCCCAAAUAGCCACACAGAACUAUUUUUCCAAUUUCAAAGAGGCUGAAGGAGAGGAAGAUGACUAUGUGGAAAUAAAGUCGGAAGACGAUGAGUCAGAGCUGGAGCUGUCUCAGAACCGCAGAAGGAAGUCUGACUUGAAGAUGACGUGCGCUGGCUUUUCGGAUAACAGCAACAGCAACACGUCUUACCCCACCAACAGUCCGUGCACCACAAAAAAGCCAAUAAACAGCAAACUGGAGCUCUCCCCGUAUCUGACAUCGUGCAAUGAUUCUGACAAAUUGAGUGACUAUCUUUGGAGGGGACCAUCUCCCAACCAACAAAAUAUUGUACAGUCUCUAAGGGAAAAAUUUCAGUGUCUCAGUUCCAGCAGCUUUGCUUAAGGUUUUAGUAAGAGCUGCCUGAAUUAACUACUUCUUCCUAAAGAACAUUGCAGAUACUGAUGAGGUGUUUUGUAUCUACCAGAUUAAACCCAUUUUGUAA